AUGCGGAGAUUGAAAUACAACUUUCAGUCAGUAUAUAUACAGACGCGUCUCCGCCAAUUCAAACACAUAUCACCCUCUACCACUCCGAUCGGUUACAUUUGGCUUGCGCAUCACGUGCCAGAUCAUCCAACCCAUCCUUCUGGAAACCCACGACUCGUUAUUUACACGUUUUCCACAACCAAAAUGCCUACUGGACAGGAGCUCUACGACUCGCUGCCAAAUCUGCACUUCCCCGAUGAGCCCAACACCGCUGCAGAGGAGAUUCUCAAGCGAGACUUUGCUGGUCACCGAAAGGUGAGAGCGGUGGUAGUCGGAGGAGGCCUUGCAGGAAUCACCCUGGGAACCAUUCUGCCCCGAAAGCUCGACAACCUGGAUCUUGUCAUCUACGAGCGAUGGCCUGAGACUGGAGGUGUGUGGCACCGAAACACCUACCCCGGAGUCAAGUGUGACAUUCCAUCUCACAAUUACCAGCUUUCCUUUGAUCCAAAGACCGACUGGAGUGCCACCUAUGCCCCCGGUCAGGAGAUCAAGAGUUACUGGCAGGGCAUUGAGAAGAAGUACGGCGUCGACAAGCUGAUCAAGACCAACCACGACAUCCAGAGUGCCGACUGGGACGCUGAGAAGGGCAAGUGGAUUUUCAAGAUCAAGGAUCUCAACACCAACACCGAGUUCACCGACGAGGCCGAGUUCUUCAUCCAGGCAACCGGUAUUCUCAACAACGCACGGUACCCUCCUUACCAGCCUGGCUUUGACGAUUUCCAGGGUCCCAAGUUCCACCCUUCUCAGUGGCCCAAGGACCUAUCUCUCAAGGGCAAGCGGGUCGCGUUGAUUGGUAACGGUGCUUCAGGUGUCCAGAUUCUUCCCCAGCUGCUUGCCCAGGGUGUCUCUCACGUUGACCACUACGCCAAGCGAGGAACCUGGAUCUCUCAGCACGUUUUCGGAAAGCACCUUCCUCCCCACCGAGAGUACUCUCCCGAAGAGAUUGCAGAGCUGCGAAACACGGAAAAGUACCACAAGUUCCGUAAGGACCUCGAGACUCGAGGCCAGGGAAACAUUGCCUCCGACGUCUACGGAUCUGAGCAGAACCGACAGCAGCUCAAUGCCUUUCUGCUGCUCAUGUACGAGCGGCUUGGCGGUGAUGAGGAACUCUUCAAGAAGGUUGUUCCCGACUAUGCUCCCGGAUCUCGACGAUUUCUGCCUGCUCCCGGCUACCUGGAGGCUCUGACUGACCCUCGAGUUUCAUACCAUCUGGGAACCGUCAAGUCGUUCACCAAGACUGGUGUUGUUGGUGCCGACGACGUUGAGCGACCUACAGAUAUCAUUGUGGCCUCCACCGGAUACACCCGAGCCAACGGAGAGUCGCAUGCCCCCAACUUUGAGGUCACUGGUCUCGACGGUACCAAUCUCAAGGAGCACUUUUCUGGAGCUGGCUCCAAGCUCGGAUACACCAACAACUACUACGGAAUCACUUCUCCCCAUUUUCCCAACUACUUUUACGUGCUGGCUCAGAACUCCUAUCUGUUCUGCGGCCCUGCUCCUAUCGCUGCCGAGCUGUGGUCCACCUACAUCUCCAAGGUGAUCCGAAAGGUGCAGCUGGAAAACAUCAAGUCACUGGUUGUGUCCGAGAAGGCUGCGCUUGGUUUCUCUCGAGUAGUCACCGAGCUAUCCAAGGCCUCGUCUACUUCUCGAGGUAUCGAUGGCUUCUUCGUCGAGAAAACCAAGGAUGGAGAAUACAGAAUUGCCCUUGCCUGGCCAGGAACUAUCACCCAUGCCGUAACUCUGCUGCGAGAGCCUCGAUGGGAGGAUUACGAGUACGAAUACCUGGACAACGACAACCCCUUCUCCUUCUUUGGAAACGGACACACCUUCCUGGACUUUGCCCCCAAGGGAGACAAGACCUUCUUCGUGCAGACCGGUGUGCCUCCCAAGCUCCUCCACGAGGAGUAUCUGACUAUCCCUCGAGACCAUGUUGCCGAAGGAUACGAAUAUGAUGGAACCGGUGACUUCCUCAAGAACCACCAUGUGGGACUAGAUGACGACGAAGACGUCGAGCAGGCCAAGGAGGUCAGUCUCUAA